GCCUCGUCUUGCAUUCAUUCUGAGUGUGGAGAGUGAAAGAAUACGUUUACGAAGAAACACUGCUAGGCGCAUGCGUAUUAUUGUUCCACAGAUAUGAGGAUCAUGGUAAAGCCGAGAACUUGGCGUCCGUUGCCCUUUUUCGCACGAACUAUUCCUCCUCCUUCUCGUUCUUGUCCUUAUCGUUCAUACGCCGCUGUAUGGAGCAAAGCCGAUUCCCAUUCCUUCCUACUUUUGUUGUUUCGCGCCUUUUUUUAUUUGUACGUGUGUGUGGUGUGUAUUCUGCCGCUUUUAUCAUCACGAUUUUUACUUGCGCCCGUCGUCUCCUCAAUUGCCUUGUCGUUCCGUUUGUGUCGUCCCUAUUUCUUUGAGCUGUCUCCUUUUCUUCGCUGCCCGGAAAUAGUCAUACAUGCUCGACACCCUAAACUGUCCCUACCUUUCUCUUCCCCACAAGGGCCUCAAAUGGCUUCCCUAUUUAUCGCGGCUGCAUAUAUCGAAUAUUUGGUGUCCUUCACCUCUUCUUCAGUACUGUCUCAAUACGACCCCACGCUGAAGCGAACGAAUCCUCAUUCUCAUCAAAGAUUUCGUUCCCAUCUUUAAAGCCCUCCGAGUGUUCGAAAACAUAAAGAAGUGAAUUAGAAGGCCCUUCGUCACAGCCGUUUGGUACCAGUACUUACCCAGUAUUUCGUUUGUCAUUUUCGCCGUGCCUACCCUCAGAAUGAAGACUACAACGUCAGGCCGCGCGUUUGCAAAG